AUGGAUUCGGUAAUAGUCGCGGCGGGGCACUCGGCGUCUUCAGUCCAAUUAGACCUAACCUUAGAUGAUUCCAUCGCCAAGGCAGUGCAGCAUAUUCAGGACGCCCACGGCAAACUAGACAUCCUUGUCAACAACGCCGGCGGCGGCGUGGACCAGGUCCCGGGCUUGACGACCCGCGAGAUCUUCACCCAGGACUUUGAUCUCAACGUCACCGGCCCGGCGGUUCUCACAAACUCCCUCCUGCCCCUGUUCAACAAAUCCGCCCCGCCCCGUGUGGUUGUCGUGUCGUCGAGCCUCGGCUCCAUCACCAUGUCGUGCGGCAAGACAUCCCCAUGGUACAAAACCCAGGUUACGAUGCCACGGGGUACGGCAGCAGCAAAGCCGCGCUGA